CUGCACGGGUGGAGCGUUCCCAUUCUGCUAAAGAUGAAAGCCUGGGGUUGGCUGGCCCUGCUUCUAGGGCCUCUGCUGGGAACUACCUGGGCUCGAAGGAGCCAGGAUCUACACUGUGGAGCUUGUAGGGCUCUAGUAGACGAGCUAGAGUGGGAAAUCGCUCAAGUGGAUCCCAAGAAGACCAUUCAGAUGGGAUCUUUCCGGAUCAAUCCAGAUGGCCGCCAGUCAGUAGUAGAGGUACCCUAUGCCCGCUCAGAGGCCCAUCUCACAGAACUGCUAGAGGAAGUGUGUGACUGCGUGAAGGAGUUUGGAGAACAGAUUGACCCUUCCACUCACCGCAAGAACUACCUUCGGGUUGUGAGCCGGGGUGGAGAAUCCAGUGAACUGGACCUGCAGGGCAUCCGAAUUGACUCAGACCUCAGUGGCACCCUCAAGUUUGCUUGUGAGAGCAUUGUGGAGGAAUAUGAGGAUGAACUUAUUGAAUUCUUUUCUCGAGAAGCUGACAAUGUUAAAGACAAACUUUGCAGUAAGCGCACAGAUCUAUGUGACCAUGCCCUGCACACGUCUCAUGAUGAGCUAUGAACUACUGGAGUAUCCCAGACCAGCUUGAUGGAUCACCCUCCGAAGGGGAAGAUGGUGGCAUUGUCUUUUAUAUUAUGUUUUUAUGGAAAUGAACUG